GGGAUGACAGGGCAGGGAAGAGGAUGCACAAAGUUAUGGAGGGGGGCAGAAUGGGAUCGUUGGCGGGCAGGGAGGAGACAGGAGGGACCCCAGGGCUGGUUGCAGAAGAAGAUGCGGGGCCUUUCCCGCUGUGGCCCAGGGUUGGGACUGGCUGGCUCAGGGCACUGGGAAAGGAUUCCAGGGCCUGGCCCCUCUAGAUGGAGCUGGACAUGAUCCCACCCUGGCUGGCGCAGGGAACUGGGAUCAUAAGAGGUGGAGGAUCACCCCCACCAUAGCUGUCUAGUGCUGUGCUCCACUGUCAGUGCAGAUCCGGAGGAGGGGGGGUCCUGAGGGGGGUGCCGAGGGCCUGCUCUGCAGGCAGCGCCAGGAGGGGGGGUGUUAGGGGGGGUCCCCUCCCCCAGCGUCUCUCCGCAUCCCCCCUCGUUCCUCCCUGCUCUGGCGGCUGCUGCUGCUGCGUCACUGGGCUCAGCUCUAGGAUGGAGCCGCAGAGGGGCCUGCUCUUUAGCCCCUGAGGGCCGGGGCAGCCUCCUCAGCCGUGAGAAGCCCCCCUCCCCAGACUGGGGAGGGGAGAGAGCCGGCCCCCACCCUCACAGGAGACUCGGAGACCUGAUUGGUCACAAUGUGAUGGCGAGCGAGCCACCUGCUCAGACUUCCCGGGUGACACGCACAAGCUCCCGCCUGACCUCCGGCCCCUGGAAACGCCCGGCUGCCCUGGUCCCUUCUGUGGCUCCCAGCCGGCCCCGCUUCUGGGAGGGGCAGGAUGUGCUGGCCCGCUGGACCGAUGGCCUGCUCUAUCUGGGUACCAUCAAGAAGGUGGAUGCUUCACGGCAGGUUUGCCUGGUGCAGUUUGAGGACAAUUCCCAGUUCCUGGUGCUCUGGAAGGACAUUAACCCUGCCGCUGUGCCUGGAGAGGAGCAGAUCUGCUGCGUGUGUUACUCGGAGUCCGUAAGCCCAGAGAACCAGUUGGUGCGGUGUGAGAAAUGUGGGCACACCUACCAUCAGGAGUGUCACCUGCCCAGAGUGCUGGAUGUGAGCAGCGAUGGGGCUGGGGUGCUUGGUGCAUGGAUGUGCCGGCAGUGUGUCUUCGCUGUGGCCACCAAGAGGGGUGGUGCACUCAAGAAAGGCCCCUAUGCCAAGGCCAUGUUGAGCAUGAAGCUGGUGCUGCCCUAUCAGCUCAAGGCUCUGGAGUGGGAUCCAGCACACCUGACCAAUCGGCAGCAGUGUUACUGCUACUGUGGAGGCCCUGGAGAGUGGAACCUGAAGAUGUUGCAGUGCUGCAGCUGUGCCCAGUGGUUCCAUGAGGCAUGUACCCAGUGUCUGAGCAAGCCACUGCUUUAUGGAGACAGAUUUUAUGUCUUUGAGUGCUGUGUCUGCACUGGGGGCCCUGAGAGCGUACGGAGACUUCCCCUGAGAUGGGUGGACGUGGCCCAUCUCAUUCUCUAUCAUCUUAGCAUCUGUUGCAAAAAGAAAUACUUUGACUUUGAGCGGGAGAUUCUGCCAUUUGCCAGCGAGAACUGGGACAACCUGCUGCUGGGAGAGCUCUCAGAUACACCCAAGAGGGAUCGGUACAGCCAAUUGCUGAGUGCCCUGAGCAGCCACAAAGACAGGUUUAUUUCAGGGAAGGAGAUCAAGAAGCGGAAGGGUCUCUUUGGGCUCCACAUACGAGUGCCACCUCCUGCACCUCAGUGCCCUGGGGGCCAUGGUGGCUCCACAGCUCAGCAGCCCCAGGGGCAGCCCCCUCUUACUGACAGCAGCUUCCUUUCAGGGCAGGGCAGCAGUGGGGCAGGGCGCCGGAGGCUACGGAGGCGCAAAGUCCCCCCAGAACCUACAGACACCAUGGAACUGAGGAGCAGCAGGGAGAAGUGGCAGCUGGACAGAGCCCUCACCCAGGAGGUGGUGGAGACCCCAGUCAGUGCUAGCCAGACAUACUGUGGCUACAGUGGCACCUCCAGCACCUACAACUUCCGCCGCACUGACGCCCGCUGCCUGGAAAGUGCUCCCAUCAGGAUGUUUGCCUCCUUCCACCCAUCUGCCAACACUGCCCGGACCCUGAGGAGCACCACUGCCAGCCCGGACUCCCGUGAAGCACCUGCGCCAGAGAGCGAGAGCCCUGAGCAUCCCCCUGCCCACACUCCACUGCCCCAUGCAAACUACCCAGCCCCCACCACCACCAAGCACCAGCUGGAGCCCCUGGCCUCCCCUUCCUCCUCCAGUGCUCUGUGCCCAGGUCCUGCCCCCACCAGCAGCAGCUACUUUGGAGCCAUGGGACGCCUGGCUCGUGGGGAGGCUGUCCGCAUCCUGGCCCGCAGGGUCACCCUCGAUGGCACUGUCCAGUACCUGGUGGAAUGGGGUGGAGGGGGCAUGUUCUGAGUGGGAGGGGAAGUGCUAGAGACAGCCCCUCUAUUGGGGCUGCAGAGAGUUGUUGGCCUUCUUCUCUCUCUCCCCCCCCUACACACACACACUGAGCAGAGUGCAACUCCCAGGAGCCCCCCGGACAGAGUGCAGUGUCAGGCCUCUCUCCUGGGAAGGUGAUGGGUUUGUCCUUCUCUGACAGCAGUGGGGGCUCUCACCCUCAGCUUGGAUAUAAGGCAGGAACUGCCUAGUCCUGCUCAAAGAAGGGCCCUAGGAUGGAUGGGGGGCAGGGGCAUUCCCUGCUCUCACCAGGCAAAUGCUUCAUUGUAUUCAAAGGGUUUAUUUUCUUGUUCUGUUUUUUAUUAUUCUGUAAAAAUUCUAUUUAAAGAAGUGUGAUGGGGGGAGGACAGAGCUUGAGGCACCCUGCCACAGUGGGGCUGUCCAAGGCAGAAUGGGGGCACAGGACUAGGAGGUGACAGCUCCCCAAGGCCUGGGAGGAGAGGGGUGCUGCCAGCACAGUCAUCCAUCCUGCUUGUAAUCUGCUGUACAGAUGGCAUAUGUUCCUCUCCCCACAGGCCAGCUGUGCCCUCUCCCCCAACCCUGUGUGCUGAUGCUGUUGUCACCACCGCCAUUCUGACUGUACAAACUGAUACCUGCAAUAAAGAGCUUGCUGCA